UGACAAUACUCACUGUCUUUUGUCGAGGUAUUUGUCAGCAGUUUUUUGCAUAUCACUAAACGUACAUGCGAGCCAAGUCGCCUGGGGUCGAAUCGUCAAGGUAUUUCAUAUACGAACCAAUGUUGGUCACGGUGUAACAUGAAUAAUAUGAAGACUCGCCUCCUCACCGUCUUGGUGGUGAUGUGUUUAAUAAUGACGGUCGAGGGAUUGACGCCCGAUACAGUUUUGGCAAUCGGGCAGCAGCAAAUGAUGGCAGAUGUGUACCAGCCCAAACCGUAUAACACCACGCAAAAAUGCUUAAACGGACUAAAUAGAGUGCUUUUCAAUGAAUCUAGUAAGAUUCCAGCAGUACUUGAUGCAUGUGGUAAACCUGGUAGUGGAUUUCUUGGUGGUAACUUGGCAUGGCUAGGAUCAUUUGAGCUUGUGUAGGGAUAUCGCUGGAAUGCAGUAUUGUUUGGUGGAUAUCACUGUUGUACAGACGAAUACAACCGAUAUGGCUAUACCAAUGCCGAUACGCUGGGGUCUAUGUACGAUUGAAGAAUGCACCGAAGCUGAUAUAGCGUAUUCCAUUCAAGAAAUCGUAAAUGAAAUACUUGAUAUUCAGUGGCUACAAGUCUCGCAGUCGUCUGUCCACUGUGCAAAGGAUCCACCGAAACCUUAUAGCACUGGGUUCUACAUCUUUAUAUCAAUCUGUGUAAUUCUGUGUUUGUUGAUGGUAUUUGGAUGGGGUUUAGAUGAAUUUUUAAAAAGAGAUUAUACAGAGCCACUUUCCAGCUUACAUGCAACCAAAGCAACCUACUCGUAUGAUGAGAAUGUCAGGGAAGAUUCUCCUCUGUUGCCUUCAAGCACUCCUGAUGUAGCCAUUGUCAAAGAAACCAAUUCUAUUCAAUUACAGUGCAAAUGGUCAGAAAUACUGGUAGAAUUCUUUCUCUGUUUCGCUUUGAAUCGAAAUCUACAGACAUUGCUGAAUUCACACCAGAGCGAGAAGGCAAUAAGAUGUAUACAUGGUAUAAGAGUGAUUAGCAUGCUGUGGGUUAUACUCGGCCAUUCAUUUCUGUGGCCCGCUGUUCCCAUGAUAGUUGAUAACUUUGUGACUUUGUUUGGUUAUCUGAAGCUAUUUACAUUCCAAGUCAUUGUCAAUGGUACAUACUCUGUGGAUACAUUCUUUUUUCUCAG